CGGGCGCUACACUGCGCCGGGCGGGGAGCGCAGCCCCGCGGGCCGCCCGGGGCCCUGCUCCAGCCUGGCCCCGAUCCCCGCGUCCCGGGGCCGCAGGCCGGAGGCCAGGGGGAUGGCCGCAGCGGGCUCUGCUCAGGUGGCGUUCGAGGACGUGGCGGUCUAUUUCUCCCCGGAGGAGUGGGCGGCGUUAGCGGAAUGGCAGAGGGAGCUGUACCGGGCCGUGAUGAGGGAGAACUACGAGCUGGUCACCUCGCUGGGAUGGCCUGCUGUCAAACCAGAGAUCCUAUGUAAAAUUGAGCAAGAAGAAGAGCCAUGUGUUGGAGACCCUCCGCAUCCCAGAGAGUGGGGGACCCCCCAAAGCUUCUGGUCAGUAGAUGAUGGAAUCAGGAUUAAAAAGGAGGAGCAGGAGGAAGACACAGAGACCCCGGAACCGCCCAGUGCGUUCUCGGGAAAGUUGGAGGAAGGGAGCAGCCCGCCGCAGUGUGUGAAGAAGAAGAGCGGCCUGGCUCGAAGCAAAUCCCUCCAGAAGCUGCGAAGCCGGGUGGCGAAUGCUCAGGACAAAGCCCUGAGGGCUCCUCCCCAAAAAGCCUCGCUAAAGAAGAUUCCCCCGACGUGUCCGGAGUGCGACAAAAGCUUCAAGAGUAACACAGCCCUGACCAUCCACGAAAGGAGUCACACGGGGGAGCGGCCCUUCAAAUGCCCUGAGUGCGGGAAGGGUUUCCCAUCCAAGGGGGACCUGAAGAGACAUCAGAAAACCCACAUGGGAAAGGAGGAUGCUGCCCCCGAGAGAGGGAGGAGCCUUUCUGAGAAGCUGCAGAGAAGCCCUCAGGCACCCAAGCGGCCGUACACGUGCGCUCAGUGCGGGAAGAGCUUCAACAAGAGCAGAGACCUCAAAAAGCACCAGCGCACCCACACGGCGGAGAGGCCGUUCCUGUGCCUGCAAUGCGGGAGCAGCUUCCGGCUCAAGCAGAUCCUCGUGUCCCACCAGAAAGUGCACAGGGGAGUGAAGCCGUUCCAGUGCUCGGACUGCGGGAAGAACUUCAGCCAGAAGCACCAUCUCUUGAGCCACCAGCGCACCCACACCGGGGAGAAGCCCUUCUCCUGCGCUCAGUGCGGACACAGGUUCAGCCAGAAGCACCAUCUGAUCAGCCACCAGCGCAUCCACACGGGGGAGCGGCCCUUUGCCUGCCCCGAGUGCGGGAAGAGCUUCAAGGACAAGAAAACCCUCAUCAUCCAUGAGCGGAUCCACACGGGCGAGAGGCCCUACAAGUGCCACGAGUGUGGGAAGACCUGCAGCCAGAAGCAGCACUUGAAAAGCCACCAGAGGGUGCACAGGGGCAAGAGGCCACGUGGCAAAGGGGAGGAAGGCCUGGAGGAUGACGUGGGUUUCUGCCGCCAGAAGGUCCCGGCAGAGGAGAAGCCGUAUCAGUGUGCGGAAUGCGAGAAACGGUUCCGGGACGAGCGGAUAAUGCUGGCGCACCAAAGAACUCACACUGAGCAGGCGCUGCUGAAGAGCACAAGGACAGGUGCCAGUCGGAGCCCACAGCCCGUGGUCCAGCAAACGCCCUGCACCAGCACCCCGCAGUGCAGGGCAAAUGUUAGCCAGAAGCCACCUCUGAGAGCCCAACAGGGAACCCCGGCUGGCAAGAGACCUUUGGUGUGCAAUGAGUGUGGGAAGAGGUUCAUGCAGAGCAAACGCCUUGUGCUACAUCAGAGGAGCCACACGUGGCUCUCGCGGGAACCGCAGCGGGGAAAGGAGCAGAACGCCAACCGCUCCUCCGGCGGCUGGACUGCCCCAGCCCUGUCCUCCGGCGUGGCUGCUGUCAGACGGAGGAGACCUGCGGGGAAGGGCGGGGGGUGGUACAUCUGCCCGCCCAGUGGCCCCACGUUUGGCUGCUCCUCUUUUCGCAGGGGGAUGCCCGGGUCCCCCCGCGCGGCUCCCCGGGAGAGCCGGAGACCUCCGCGCCCGAGCUCCGGGGGCUCCCCGAGCCCAGCUCCGCGCCCCGCCCCGCGCAGCGCAGCGCAGCGCAUCCCGCCGGCGGCUGCCCGCAGCUCGGCGAGCUUCGUCCCGACGCGCCUGCCCGGCCGAGCCCGGGGGACGAUGCCCGGCGGGGGCCGGGCGCAGGUGCCGGUGUCGUUCGAGGACGUGGCGGUCUAUUUCUCCCCGGAGGAGUGGGCGGAGUUAGCAGAAUGGCAGCGGGAGCUGUACCGGGCCGUGAUGAAGGAGAAUUACGAGCUCAUCACCUCCUUGGGGUGUCCGGGUGCCAAACCAGAGAUCAUCUGUCAGAUGGAGUGUGGGGAAGAGCCGUGUGUGCGGGAGCCCCAGGGCUGGAGAGAGAGGAGACCCCAGAGCCCCUGUUCAGCAGGUGUUGGCAUCACCAUUAAAAAGGAGGAGCAGGAAGAGGGAUGUCGUGGUCAGGAAGAUCCCGAAGCCCUGGCCCCGCGGGGGACCGUAUCCGGGAUAGUGGGGGAGAAAGGUCUCCAGCUCUUGGAACUAACGAGCUGCAAGAGCGAAAGCGGGUCCCGCCGGAAGCCGAGAGCCCAGGCCGGAGACCUUCAGGGGAGACGAACCGGGAGGGUGGCAGAGAGGCCUCAUGCGUGCCCGAGCUGUGAGAAGAGCUUCAAGGACAGGACGGCUCUGAUAAUCCACCAGCGGAUCCAUACGGGCGAGAAGCCCUUCACCUGCGCCGAGUGCGGGAAGCGCUUCACGCAGAAGCAGCACCUCACCACCCACCAGCGCACCCACACCGGGGAGCGCCCCUUCUCCUGUGCCCAGUGCGGCAGCAGCUUCCGGCUGAGGAAGGUCUUCCUGACCCACCAGCGGGUCCACGCCGGGGAGCUGCCCUUCACCUGCGCCGAGUGCGGGAAGAUCUUCAACCACAAGCACCACCUGAUCACCCACCGCCGCACCCACACGGGCGAGCGCCCCUUCCCCUGCGCCCAGUGCGGCAAGCGCUUCACCCAGAAGCACCAUCUGCUGAGCCACCAGCGCAGCCACACGGGCACGCGGCCCUUCUCCUGCGCCCAGUGUGGGAAGAGCUUCAAGGACAAGACACCGCUGAGCAUCCACCAGCUCGUGCACACCGGGGAGAAGCCGUUCUCCUGCGAGGCUUGCGGGAAGAUCUUCAGCCACAAGCACCACCUGGUGAUCCACCGGAGAACCCACACGGGCGAGAAGCCCUUCACCUGCGCCGAGUGCGGCAAGCGCUUCACGCAGAAGCACCAUCUCGUCAGCCACCAGCGCAUCCACACCGGGGAGCGCCCCUUCGCCUGCUCCCACUGCGGGAGGAGCUUCAAGGACAAGAUCACCCUGAAGCUGCACGUCAGGCUGCACACCGGGGAACGGCCCUUCGUCUGCGCCGAGUGCGGGGAGAGCUUCCGCCUGAAGAAGGUGCUGCUCACCCACCAGCGGGUGCACACGGGGCAGGCCCCGCUGAUCUGCACCGACUGCGGGAAGACCUUCAAUCACAUGCAGCGCAUGGCCAUGCACCAGACGAGCCACCACGCCCAGCGGGGGCCGUUCCGGAGAGCCCAGCGUGGGGAGAGCUGCUCGGGGAAACCACAGCUCCGACUGCCCCAGCCGGGCCAGCCCGCCGGCUGUUCGGCGCACGCAGCGACCUUCCAGCCGCCAGCACCCGGGGGCUCCCCCUACGCAACAGGCGGAGUAAGUCCUGGGCCUCAAUUAUACACGGAGCCGGCCCCGCGGGAUCGCCCCGAAGAAACCAUCUGACUGCGGGGAGCAGGGAAAGCGUCACUCACGAGCGCAGUCUGAACCCCCCCAGUCCUGUGCGAUGGGAGUCAAUAAUCUGCAGCACGGCGCCGGCGUGAGACAGAAACCGAAGACAGCCCGGCUGUCCCUGCGUAGCCCGGGUCAGUUCCCCUGUAAAACGGUCCGUGCUCAUCAGCGGGAGAGACGCUGCGGAGACGGGAAAUAACCCCACUGUGACAGCCUGACCCUGCGCUGCCCUGUGUGCCUCCUGCUGCUGCAUUGGCCACACCAUUUCAGUGUCCCGGCGGGCUGGCCCAGCGCCACCUGCGCCCCACCUCCCCGCCACGCGCUGGGGGUGUCUGCGCCCCGGCAGCUUUACCCGCUGGCUUGUCUCCAGGUCACGCACGUAACAAUAGUAGUGCAGACAGCGCCGCGCAUGCGUCAGAGCAGGCUGAGAACGUCCCCAGGGGCUGGGCUGGGCGUGUCCUGCCCGCACGCAAGCCCCUGUGUCCCUGCGCUCAGCGCUAUCGUUCCCCAGGCUAGCUGGCCAGGCCCAGCUUGUGUUGUGUAGACAGACCCGCAGCCUGCUAGCAGGGGGUGCAGGGAAGCAGUGCUGGAGAUCCUCGAGAUCCCUUUGUCUGGGCUGCAGGGCGGGCCCCAGCAGCUGCUCUGUCACGUGCUUAGCGCUGCGUGUACCUGCAUCAGGCAGCCAAGGAGCGUCCACCUGCCCUGCCUGAGCCCCAGAAGAGCGAGAAGGAAAAUAUUUAGCACUUACGCAGCAGAUUCGCAGCCCACUGCCCAGUCAGAGACACACGGAGGGCUGUGGAAAGUGGGAGUCUCUGUUGUAGGACACGUGCGGACGGAGGAGUCACAGCAUUGCAGAACUAGAGAGGGACAAGCCCUGUUCGGUCAUUCGAUCCUCUCCCAGGGGCUAGCGCUGGAUUGUUUCCCUUCAGCACAUCUCCAGCCCCUUGUCCAGUCCCGUUCCAAGCGGUGGGGCUCCCCCGUCCCUUGGCUGACACCCCCGUCCAUGCAUCUCGCUGCCAGGGAGUUACUCCUCAUAUUCAGUCCACGGCUUCCCUUUCUCUGUUACAGCCCGUUCUUCCUAGUCACGUCCAGGUGCCAGUCGUGAAUAUCAUCCCUCUGGUGUGUACGCGCUACGUACCCAUAGACUGUCAUAAGAUUUAGUUGGGGAUUGGCCCUGCUUUGAGCAGGGGGGUGGACUAGCUGACCUCCUGAGGUCCUUUCCAACCCUGAUAUUCUCUGAUACUGUGUUAAAGCAGGGCUGUCACUCAAUCACCGUUAACUCACGCGAUUAACUCAAAAAAAUUAACUCGAUUAAAAAAAUUAAUCAUGAUGAAUUGCAGUUUUAAUCGCACUGAAUGCCAAUUUAAAUGUAUUAUAACUAUUUUUGGAGAUUUUUCUAUAUUUUCAAAUAUGUUGAUU